UCGUCUUUGGGCUGUUAACGAGGCGGUUUAGUAAACAGCCUCCUGGCCCGUUGGUGUGACUGACAGCAGUUAGCAUGUGUGUUAGCAUGAUGGCGUUUAGCUGGUAGCAGUAGUAGGGCUCACUUUAACCGGCUGUGUGUCUCGAAUUGAUAACACAGCUUCACAUGGACCACGUAGGCUGUGGAGGAGUUCCUGGGUGAGGUGCGUAGCAGGGAGCAGCCUCACAGCGCUGGGCUUGUGUCCCAACCGACAGCUGUAAAGUUUCUUAUGGCCCGCAAGUUUGACGUCUCCAGAGCCAUCGACCUCUUCCAAGCAUACAAGAACACAAGAAUCAAAGAGGGCAUCUUCAAUAUCAACCCCGACGAGGAGCCCCUACGCUCUGAGCUGCUGAGUGGCAAAUUCACAGUCCUGCCUGGCCGUGAUGCUAAGGGCGCAGCUCUAGCACUCUUCACUGCUCGUCUCCAUCGGCCAGACGUCACCACCCACAAAGCUGUGCUGCAGGCCAUCAUCUAUCAGCUGGACAAAGCCAUAGAGAACCUACAAACUCAAAGAGAUGGACUCAUAUUUAUCUAUGACAUGACCAACUCCAGCUACGGCAACUUUGACUAUGAGCUCUGUGUCAAGAUCCUCAAUUUGCUCAAGGGGGCAUUUCCGGCUCGUCUAAAAUGUGUCUUCAUUGUGUCAUCGCCUCUUUGGUUUCGAGCACCUUUCGCAGUCCUCCGCCUGUUUGUGCGUGAGAAGCUGAGAGAACGGGUGUGCACAGUGAAAGCACACGAGUUGGCCAGUCACAUCCCAGUCUCCUCCCUCCCUGAACACCUGGGUGGAACAUCCCAGUACAGCCACGUGGCUUGGAUCCAGUCCUGUGUUAACACACACACAAACACUGUUCAGGGUGACACACAAGAACACGACACACAUGACUGUGUGGGAAGCCUGCUGCGCUCCUACAGCUUAGAGUGCAGCAACACGAGCGCAGGCGCUACACUCUCCCACACCCAUAUAAAUACACAGCUGGGUCCCGAGCUAGCCGUGGCUAACUCUAACUGCUACGACGAUAGCAAUGCUAACCCACACAACCACUGCGGUGUGGCGGAGGGCAGGACUCGAGGCCAAGGACAGUACCAGCAGAGCCCGCAGUCUGCUGCAAACAGGCCGCAGGGGAACCACCAACACUGGAACGGCUCUGCGGUGAGCGGGGCCAACAUGUCCGUCAGUGGCUCCAGCCCCAACGCUAACAUGAACGGUCGUGGUCGCCAAGCGCCUCCCCAGUCAGACACGCCACCUGACACACCGCUUUCCCACGAAGGUGACGGGGACGCGGUGGACGGAACGGUAACAGACUCUCACAGGUCCGAGAAUGACAGUGUAAAGGAGGAGGACGAGGAGGAUGGCGAGGAAGAGGAAGGGGUGCCUCCGUUGCCCCAGAAAUCUUUGCCUCGCCCCCCUCACCAGCCUUCCUCCCAGUCCCCGCCCCUGUCUUCAUCUUGGGGUCCUGAUGACGAGGACAGCUGCAUGGAGGCGUCUAUUCACAUACCAGAGCAGGGAGGCAUGACGGUGCACGAUCUGGUGGAGCACGUGAAGAGACAGAAGAAGAAGGGGAUUUAUCAGGAGUACGAGGAGAUCCGGAAGGAGCCACCGGCAGGCACCUUUGACUACUCCAAAAAACUGUCCAAUCAGAUAAAGAACAGGUACAGUGAUGUUCUCUGCCUGGACCAGUCACGGGUGCGACUCUGCCAGCUCUGUGAGGACGAGGAUGAGACGUCAGAUUACAUUAAUGCCAGUUUCAUGGAUGGGUACAAGAGGAGCAGCGCCUACAUCGCAACUCAGGGUCCUUUGCCAAAAACUUUUGGUGACUUCUGGCGGAUGGUGUGGGAACAGAUGGUACUUAUCAUUGUCAUGACCACCAGAGUGGUGGAGCGUGGACGUGUCAAGUGUGGUCAGUACUGGCCUCUAGAGGAGGGCAGGACAGAGCAGCACGGAUGCUUCUUGGUCAGGAACACACACAUCCAGGCGUUUCAGGACUUCAAACUCUCCCAUCUUGAACUUUACAACACACAGUCUGGAGAGAGACGGGAGGUGUGCCACUACCUCUAUGUCAGCUGGCCAGACUUCGGGGUGCCCAAAAGUGCUUCUGCCAUGUUGGACUUCCGUGAGCAUGUACUUCAGAGGAGGGAGGCUGCAGUCCAGAGCCUGGGCUCCAGUUGGACGGGGUCUCCGGGGGGCCCCCCUGUGGUUGUGCACUGCAGUGCCGGCAUUGGCCGCACAGGCACGUUCUGUACACUGGACAUCUGCCUGUCCCGGCUGGAGGACAUCGCCACAGUAGACGUCCGUCAGACGGUGCGGCGCAUGCGUACACAGAGGGCUUUCAGCAUCCAGACCUGGGACCAGUACUACUUCUGCUACACAGCAGUCAUCGAGUAUGCCCAGCGCCAUGGGAAACUGAGCCCGGUGCAGUGGUCUGACUCCGACCUAGAGACCGACAGCGAGUGAGGGACACACAGAGGGAGAGAAAAGCGAACGGGAUAGCCAACCUAAGCAGAAGUCAUAGGAACGAGAGAGUGAGGAAUGACGUUUCAGAGUAGAGGAGGGAGAUGAUGACUCUUCUGCCAUGAGAGAGAAAAGAGGAUGGAGAUCUUGUUUUGGCUCUUGACGUAAUGAUACAGGCUCCCACAGUUGCUCUUCCUUCACAUGGAUGGAUCGACGGAGGAGUGCGAAGAGCUGGAGAAUAAACAUACAGGGAGUGGAGACUGUGCAUCGCGUCACCGAUUGAGCAAGCUGUCCUGCCAAUUUCCGAGCCCCUUUUUAUUUAGCAAACUACAAGGGGACUUGGCCUGCCCUGAACCUGUCUUGUUGACAAGAGAGUUGUACGAGUUGUAGCAUUUUUAUAUUGACUUGCACAUGAGGAAUGACAAACUUGAACUUUACCCCUUGAAGCCCUCCAAACCCCCGGUCUUUGUUCCUUUUUGUAUUUCUUGUUCCUUUUCAACCCCGAACACGUCUGUGAUCACAGAUACAAUGUGACGGGGUGUGAAAAGGUUCAAACUUGAAAACAUUUUGUUUUGUUUUGCGUUGAAGAGGAAAUGGUUGUUCGUGAGCAAAUGGUCAAAAGAAGAUCAGUGUGUGUGAGCCAUUUAGUCCAUUUCCGUUUUUUCUUUAUUUUCCAUGUCCUUUUUUUUCUAUGGUGCAUUUUCUACGUGUGUUUCAUAUUUGUGCAUAUGUAGACUAACUUUUCAAAGCCAAAGUCCUCACUCUGAAUGCUUGGAUGUACUCCUUACUGAGAUAUUAUAGACUGAAGCCCAUGUAUAUUCUUGUAACAUACAUUUAUACAUUAUUGUGCAUAAUAACAACCUCUGAAAGAAGAGCAAAAAAAAAAAAAAGCCUUGUUUAAUAUAAUUGACUUAACCGUGAGAAGAAAUAUCUAUGUAGCGAGCCAGGCUAUGACAAAAUAUAGAGAAGGGUUCUGGUAUUGAAACUGAUAUCGUAUUACAAAUCUGUGUGAUUUGUCAGGUCUAACAUCAUCUUUACUGUUGGAGCGUUCUGAUUGGACGAUCUUAAGUAAUUUGGCCUUAACUUGAUUCACUGCCUCGUCGUUCUCAGACCUAAACCAUACCUGAAACUGUAAACUUUUAUUUCCCCUUUUGUUCUUUCCCUUUUUGAAUCUUACUCCCUCGAUACCACAACUGUCGUGUUUGAUUCUCGAGGCACAUUCUGCCUCAGAUAAUUGUGCCUUCAACUUUUCCUUAGCUUAAUGUCUCGCUAGUAUAGUAAUAACACCCUAACGAGUGCACUUGAAUAGUACACGUUGACUAUGCGUCACACAGGACACCCACAUUUUGCCUACAGUCCUGUACAUGGUACACUACUUGUGAAUAACAUGAAAGUAGUGAGUUAUCUGGGACUAAGCUCUGGUUUGAGACAUGGCUAUUCUUUUAUCAUUUGACCUCAGGGGGUAAUUCUAGUGUUUUUUUGCCUAGUGUCAAAGAUCCGUUUCUGGGUUUGCCUCUGGUAAAUUAUCAUUUAAGAAAAAAAAACUAUAUCAACUUUAUUUUGUAUUUUUUACUGUAUUGUAUCCUACUAUAUUUAUGUCUUUGUAAAACUUCUACAAUAUUGAAAUCGGUGAAUGUUGGUACGAUGCUACAAAGAAAAACAAAGUUAUUGCAUUUGAUAAGCUGAACAAAUCAGAUGGGGAGUGAAAUAUAUUUUUUGUUUUUCACGAUGAAAUUUUGGUGGAAAAUGUCACUUGCCAUUGUAUUUUCAGAACUGACUUGUAUAAAUGGUGAUUGUUCAAUUAAAGGACAAUGGAGGGAGGGUGGGGAGGGAGGUGGGGGGGAUAGGUCGGGAAGCUAGGUCGGGAAGCUAUCGAGUAUGUUUUUAGACAGCUUAUUGUUAAACUCAGUAACAAUUACAUUAACUUCUUGUACUGUCUGGUACCCAAUGCCAAGGACAAAGCAAAAAAAAGAGCUAUCAAGAGAAAAAAAAAAGACAAGUGGCUGUCAUUUCUGUUCACAAAACCCCAGCUUGGUGUCUAUGAGUAAAAAAAAAAAAUAAUAUUUAGAAUGGGUUAAGGUUUAUCAGCAUGGAAAAGUGAGCCUUGAAUGUUUUUUGGGUAAUGGUGUCCGAGCAAUUUAGUCAAGACAGACAUGGAUAUUGUUGGUGAAUGUGGACCCUGCAUCCCUCAAUGCCAAAGGCCCAGGCUCACCCUAAACAUUUGUCCCCGUCACACAUCCUCAACAGCCUACUAGCAUGGACCUACCAGUUCAGCCUUGCAUCCACGGACACGGAAAGACUCGGGAACAUUACUGAAGAUUAUCUAUAGACACAACAUGGGAGAGUGUGUAUGUUAAAAGAGUCUUGGUCCCCAUGCUACUUUUAAUUUGUUGUAUGAGAAACAGAGAAUGCAACGUGCAUUUGUCAUCGGUGUUCAUUUAAUGUUUCUUUCUGUGCUUUAAGUUCUUGUGAUUGAAUUAUGGCCUUUUACAUGCUGUCAGCCCGGCUGUCCCAUUAAAGCAACGGUAUUACUAUCUUGAAUGAG